CGCGGCCGAGGAGGAGGCCCGAGCGGCGACAUGUCCCGGGUUGCCGAGGCAGAGCGGUCCGUGGCGCUGUUUUACUGAGUCGGGGGCGGCCUGGCGUCCGGCCGAGGACGAGGGUCGGCGGCAGGGGCUGCCCCCGCCGUGGUGGCCGCCAUGCUGGGGCCCCGGGCAGCUGAUGCAGCCGCGGGGGCGCUUCUCCGACUGCUGCUGCUGCUCCUGUUGCCCGGGCUCCGGGCUCCGGGGCUCGGCGUGGUCGCAACGGCUGGGGCCGGGCUGCCGGAGAGCGUCAUUUGGGCCGUCAACGCGGGCGGCGAAGCGCAUGUGGACGUGCACGGGAUCCACUUCCGCAAGGACCCUCUGGAAGGCCGGGUGGGCCGAGCCUCAGACUAUGGCAUGAAACUGCCAAUCCUGCGUUCCAACCCCGAGGACCAGAUCCUGUAUCAAACAGAGCGGUACAAUGAGGAGACCUUUGGCUAUGAAGUCCCCAUCAAGGAGGAGGGAGACUAUGUGCUGGUGUUGAAAUUUGCUGAGGUCUAUUUUGCACAGUCCCAGCAGAAGGUAUUUGAUGUCCGAUUAAAUGGCCAUGUUGUGGUGAAGGACUUGGACAUCUUUGAUCGUGUUGGGCACAGCACGGCUCAUGAUGAAAUCAUCCCUAUGAGCAUCAGAAAGGGGAAGCUGAGUGUCCAAGGGGAGGUGUCUACCUUCACAGGAAAGCUCUACAUUGAGUUUGUUAAGGGGUACUAUGACAAUCCCAAAGUCUGUGCGCUCUACAUCAUGGCAGGGACAGUGGACGAUGUACCAAAGUUGCAACCUCAUCCAGGAUUGGAGAAGAAAGAAGAAGAGGAAGAAGAAGAAGAAUAUGAUGAGGGGUCUAAUCUCAAAAGACAGACCAACAAGAACAGGGUGCAGUCAGGCCCCCGUACGCCUAACCCCUAUGCCUCGGACAACAGCAGCCUCAUGUUUCCCAUCCUGGUGGCCUUCGGAGUGUUCAUUCCAACCCUCUUCUGCCUCUGCCGGUUGUGAGAACAAUGGCCAUCCUCAGCAGGGUGGAGGGGAGUGGAGGAGAAACCAGACAUGUUGGUUUCUGUAUUCUUGACAGUGUUUAGCAAAACAAACAAACAGAUCAAACAGAACACACACACGCACGCACGCACGCGCACACACACGCAUACAUACACACACACACACACACACACACACACACACACACACAUGCACGCACAAAUGAAAAGAUAUAAGAAGCAGAAUGGGUGGGGGCAGCGCCCAUCUACCACUGUCCCAGAGCUGCUCAGUCCUACUCUGCUCUUUGUGGCUCAGCCCCAGCUCUCUUUUUCUCUGGGGUCUGUAGGUGAGUGGAUCCUUCCACUCCAAGGAUCCUUAUUACAUACCUAGCAGGAAGGACUCUGAACUCAGCAGUCACGGUUGUUGUUUUUAGGGUAGACAUUAACAGCAGAAAAAUGUCAUAACCUGGAAAGACCCACACUGGGAGUUGGUUGUGUUCUGAAUUUCUGUCUGAUGUGAUUUCAGAAGUCAUGGUGUUCAGAGUGUGUGUGUGGAGGUCAUAAGUUGGCUGGUAAAGAAAGAAACAAGGGAAGAAUUGGAAGAAAGGAAGUCAGCACUUCUGUACUUGGAGGGCUUCCUGGGUUCAUCUCUGGAUGGCUCCACCUGAGUAUCUCCAUUGUCAUUUCUCACCUCCUCCACCUGUGCCCGUUACAGGACUGUCUGGUAUCCAGGACGAUGACGAGUUAUGUCAAGUCCUCAAAUUGCCUACAACUUGUUGCCACAACAAAUCAUUUUGAUUUCAGUGCCUGUUGAGGACUUGAUUUCUUCUUGAUUUUUCUCUUAAUCUGGUUCAUUUGAAAUCUCAGUUCUCUCUCAACCAUAGAGCUAAGUUAUUGUCAAAAUGGGCAGGAGGCCGGAGUUCUGUCUGCUUGAGUGUCUUCCCUCCACCGUGACCUCACCUUGUUGGUACCUCCCUCCCUGAAUCCCUGAGCCAGCAGCCAGGAGGACCUGACCCAGCAGCUCUCACUGACCCCUCCAUAGGGCCUUGCUGCCAGGGGACAGGGAUGCUUUCCAGCCUGCAGCAACAGAACACUUGACCUUAAGAGUCUCUUCUGGUCUUUGGAUUAGAAAAGGCUUAUGUUAGCAACCUCAGAGACUUGCCCGCUAAGUGACUGACCACUGUUGAGAAUGUCCAGAAUCUGAUGUUCAUUUACCCCCGUGUCCUCUGUCCUACUUGAGCUAGUUUGGGUUUAUGCCUAGAGUUGCCCCAAAGAACUAAGACUGGCUGCACCAGCCCAGCUGUUUUCCUCGUUGAUCGUAAUCAGAUGCCCCCUAGCAAGUAGCCAUCAAGGUCUUCUUACAGGGGGACUGACUGAAAGACUCCCAGUCAGCCAUAGUUCUGGAGGCUCUGAAUGUCUAACUUUAGCAUCCAAGUGUCUGUCUCAGAUUCCCAGUAAACACUCUGUAGGGAUGAAGUUUCCUUGUUCCCCAACUUUCGAUCCCCUUCACCCAUUUGUCAGUUAACAACAGUGAGGGACACCCGGCUAAGCUUAAAGGGAUUUUCUAGGUCAGGGGCAAUAGGCUUUGCUUCAGCUCAAGUUGGAGCGAUGUAGAAUCUCAGGCCAGGCCCAGGUUUCUAGAAUGUGUUUAAAUUUUGAGUCUGCCUUAUCAGAUAUUUGAACUCCAUGACAAAGUAAGUCACUCUUGGGCUCCUAAUGAUGACUCAAGGUCAGCAUGUAGUCAUCUGAGAACUGUCCUUUAUUUUCUCUAUGGUUAGGCUAGCCCUAGGGUACUGAGUUGGCGGCUGGAUGGCUGUGGCCUGAGGUUGCCGUCAGGAGCACUUCCUGGAGUGCUUCCAAAGUUCCUGCUUUCACAGGAUGAGGUACUGCCAUGGUCUUGGGGACCACCUGCCUAGGGCAACGGAUGUCCUGACUAAUGGGCUUCUGACGUGGGGGCUCUGCUUCCUGGUCCAUCUCUAUUUACAAACCUGUGGGCCACUGUCCGCAGAUUAAACUAGACGAAGAAGAGCAGCUGCCUCCAUGUUGCCUUGUUUGCCUGGGUCUCUUGAGGAAGGAGGGUCCUGCCUCCUCACCCCAGCUCAUCCCUUUGGUGACUCAGAGCCCAGAAGGAAACCCUGGCUCCUGGGCUGUUUCCUAACGGUACUGUAAGCCAAGCAGCUCUGCUCCUGCCUCUGUUUCCAAGCCCACCCCUUCCCGUAGGGAUAGGGAUGGGUGCUUUCCUCUCUAGUUGUGUCCGAACGGAAGGAACAUCUUUCUGUAGCUAACAAAAACUGAAAGGGAAGUGAGGAAACGGGGGAAGGAGUGUGGUGGGGGCUGGGGUAGACGCCCCUGAGCCAGGCCUGCCCAGCUACGAAGAGCUGCUUAGGGCUGGCCACAGCCAGCUCAUAUGUUGAACUUGAAAGCUUUUCCCCUCCUCCAAGAUGAUCUGAUGUAGGUACAUGAGGUUUGGGUUAAAGGUUGGGUGGGGCACGCGUUAUUUUUAUUUUUGUAUUGAAUGUGUCGAGAGUUACCCCGUUGUUCAUCCUGCUUUUUGCACUGUUUGGUCCCUUCUGUGUUUUGAGCUAGUUCAAGGAGUCUGGCUGGGCCUGGACUGUGAGUGGUCCCGGUUAGGGAGCUGGGCGCCAGAGGCCCAGGUUUUCUGUGUGAGAUGCGGUCUGACCCAGGGUUUUAGAGCCCACUGACGCAGCUGGCAGAGGUAAGGGUAAGGGCAGACAGCUCCUCUUUGCUGGAAGGGUGGUCCUUUAACAUUGGCGGGGCUGAGUCCGCGGGUCCAUGGGUCCAGUGUGGUUUCGGUCGGGCCAGCUGGCCUCCGACUGGGUUGCUUUGGGUCUUAUUCAAACUAUCUUAAACAUUGUGCCAAUAAGUGAUUGGUGGGAUUCAUGUCUCCUGAAUCAAAUCUAUGGUUCUGGAAAGUCUCCACUUCCGAGGAGGAGCUGCUCAUGGACACCCACAGCUGUGAUGGGUUAAAAGUUGUCUUCAAGUACCCGUGGUGUAAGGGGCCGCCUGUUGAUCAAAGAUGUGACCUUGUUUUCUUGUUUUCUUGCUCCUGCUGACUAGGAGAUUCCCAAGGUCAGGUGAGCCUUGAUGAGGCGGGGUAAAGUUUGUGUUAUCUGAGGCCCUCGUUCUGUGCCUGGGGCAGCCUAUAGCUGUGGUCUGACUCCUUUGAUUUUGUUGAGAAGCUUCUGUUUUAAGGAAUUUCUCUUCCUGUCCUGUCCCCAGCCUCUCCUGGGAAGGCCUGGCCCUGGUCUAGAAUCUUAGCUGAGAGUCUGAGAAAAUGGUAGCAUAUCCCCUCCUUUUAGCACUCAGACCCCUCUCCUUAGAAACGGGCUCACCUGGAGGAGUCCAGGGAGGCGUCAGUAGGUUCUCUUCCUCCCUGGGAACUGGGGAAGGACCCACCCCGGUCAGCACAGUGCCUUUUUCUCCCCUGCUCUGAGUCAGGUGGGCAUCCCUAACCUCGAUUCAGGCCUGGGCAGGGGUCCUGCAGUCCCCACCACGGGGCUGUUUCCUUAGCUCCCUCUCCUAGCUGGCCUACGCUGACAUAAUUCAAGUGUCUUCUCGCCUUGAGGAACCUCAGUGGGAUCGUGGCCACCACAUGUGACACUUCUCUGUGACUCUAGGGGCCUAGAACAGGGGAGCUUCCUCAAGUGAGAGGCUAACACAUGCUCCAGCUAUUAAAAGACAAAGCUGGGGAGGUUGCUUUGGCCUCCUACUGUGGCCUCGGAAGAAGGCGACUCUCGGGUAAGACCGACUGAGAGUACACAGGAGAAAAACCACAGACCAGGAUCUGCUCAGAUCACAGAAGAGCGCGGCCUCUCUUCUAGGGAAGGUGUAAUUAGGGAUCAAAGUGUGCUAAGAACAUUGCAAAGAAGCCUUACUGCCCACACCAGAGAGCUCAGGAUGGCUUUCUCCUCCAGCUGGAGCUAACACUAUCUGUGUUUGGACUUCUCCUCGGACAAGGGCUAGAUUUCUCCAUGAUGGUAGAAGACUGGCGUGGCACUGGUGGUCAGC